CGGGGGCGGGACUUCCGGCGGAGAGUGUUAGGGGAUCUCGGCCCGGGUCGUCCUUCGCCGCCGCACGUGUCCGCCGCCGCGAUGCUGCCUCUGCUGCGUCGCGUGCCCCGCGCGCUGGGCUCCGCCGUCGCCGGGCUCCGCGCCGCGCCCGCCCCGCCGGCCCGGCCUCUGCUGCAGCCCGCGCCGCGGCCGUGCGUGCGGUCCUUCGGGCUGUUCCGAGUGCGCGCCGGCCUCCUGCUCCCCCGCGUGCCCUGCAGCUGCGGCUGCGGCGCGCUGCACACCCAGGGAGACAAAGCGUUCGUCGAGUUCCUGAACGAUGAGAUUAAGGAAGAAAAGAAGAUCCAGAAGCAUGGGUCCCUCCCCAAGAUGUCUGGGGGCUGGGAGCUCGAAGUGAACGGGACAGAAGCCAAAUUAGUGCGGAAGGUGGCUGGAGAGAGGAUCACGGUGACGUUCAACAUCAACAACAGCAUCCCACCCACGUUUGAGAACGAGGAGGAGCCCCCCCCGCAGGGACAGAAGGUGGAAGAGCAGGAGCCUGAACUGACGUCCACUCCCAACUUCGUGGUGGAAGUUAUAAAGAACGGCGGCAAGAAGGCCCUGGUUCUGGACUGUCACUACCCGGAAGAUGAGGUGGGACAGGAAGAGGAAGACGAGAGUGACAUCUUCGCCAUCAGAGAAGUGAGCUUUCAGUCGGUUGGCGAGGCUGAGUGGAAGGACACGAAUUACACGCUCAACACGGACUCCCUGGACUGGGCCUUGUACGACCACCUGAUGGACUUCCUGGCCGACCGGGGCGUGGACAACACCUUCGCCGACGAGCUGGUGGAGCUCAGCACGGCCCUGGAGCACCAGGAGUACAUCACGUUUCUCGAGGACCUGAAGGGUUUUGUCAAGAGCCAGUAGACGGGACGGGACGGUGAGCACGUUACUUUACGGCCGGCUUCGGCCAGGGACGAGCCCGCGCUGCAGCCGGACACGCGCGCUCGCCGGUGGUUUUCCUCCUGAGAUCAUGGAAGAUAAUUCAGAUUUAAAUUAUUUCUGUUGGCCUCUCGUUUACUAUUUGUUUAUUUCUUCAGUAGACUGUCGCUCCCGGAAUUUUGUAUAACGUAAUGACGGACAAUAAAAUUGGUUUAAUUCCUCCAA